CAUUCCACUCACCCAUUCAUUCGAUAUCCUUCUCAUAAUCUCCCUCUCAUCUCCUCCUUUAAAAUUCCAAACCCCAUCUCAACCAAUGGCCCACACGAACAACAACAUCCACCGUCCAAUCGACUCCUGCCGUCCUCCAACACUCCCCCUCCCAAAAGACGGCAAGAACCCAAUCUCCGUCUCCGGUACUUCCUACGUCUCAACUCCUCCCCACUGGAAGAAAGCGGCGGAGGCCCUUCAGUGCACUCACUUCGAUGAAGUCCGUCGCAUGGUGGCCCAGUUCCAGCAAUCCCAGACCGUUGAUCUCCAAGGGACCACACUUACUGUAGCCCAAGUGGCCGCCAUUGCUCGUCGGCCCAUCGUGACCGUCAAACUCGAUGAGGCUGCCGCACGUGCUCGUGUAACAGAGAGCGCCACGUGGGUGGCAGACAACAUCGCUCGUGGUGCUGACGUGUAUGGAGUCACUACCGGAUUCGGUGCAACCUCACAAAGGCGUACUAACAAAACCGCCGAUCUGCAAACGGAACUGAUCCGAUUCCUCAACGCUGGUGUGAUCGGAAAGGAGAUGCUACCAACGAGCUAUUCAAAGGCGGCGAUGCUCGUUCGAACGAAUACACUGAUGCAGGGCUACUCCGGCAUCCGAUGGGAGAUUCUCGAUGCCAUGGCCCACCUCAUGAACAAAAACCUAAUUCCCAAACUCCCAAUGAGGGGGACUAUCACUGCAUCAGGAGAUCUCGUCCCUCUAUCCUACAUUGCUGGUGUUAUCACUGGCAGGCACAAUUCUCGAGUCGUCACUCCAGAAGGUGAGGAGAUUACAGCAGUGGAAGCACUGAAUCGAGCUGGGAUUGCAGGCCCGUUCGAGCUACAAGCGAAGGAAGGACUGGCGCUUGUUAAUGGAACUGCUGUGGGAUCUGCUGUCGCAGCUACUGUCUGCUUCGAUGCCAAUGUGUUGGCUCUGCUUUCUGAAAUCCUAUCGGCGAUGUUUUGUGAAGUGAUGCAAGGGAAGCCGGAAUUCACGGACCCUCUGACGCAUGAGCUCAAACACCACCCGGGCCAGAUCGAGUCGGCUGCGAUUAUGGAAUACCUGCUCGACGAGAGCGAUUACGUCAAAGAGGCGAAGGUUCGUCAUGAAAUGAACCCGCUAACGAAGCCGAAACAGGAUCGGUACGCUCUUCGGACUUCACCGCAAUGGCUCGGGCCACAGAUUGAGGUGAUCCGUGCAGCGACUCAUUCGAUCGAGCGGGAGAUUAACUCCGUGAACGAUAAUCCUCUGAUCGACGUGGCCAGGGAUAUUGCCCUCCAUGGCGGGAACUUCCAAGGAACUCCGAUUGGGGUUUCGAUGGAUAAUCUUCGUAUCGCCCUGGCUGCAAUAGGGAAACUGAUGUUCGCCCAAUUCUCCGAGCUGGUCUGUGAUUACUACAACAACGGAUUGCCGUCGAAUCUCAGCGGCGGGCCUGACCCGAGCCUGGAUUAUGGAUUCAAGGGAGCUGAGAUCGCGAUGGCGGCUUACUGCUCAGAGCUUCAGUAUCUAGCGAAUCCAGUCACUACGCACGUGCAAAGCGCUGAGCAGCAUAACCAGGACGUGAAUUCGCUGGGACUGAUCUCAGCUCGCAAGAGCGCUGAAGCUAUUGAGAUCCUGAAGCUGAUGUCUUCAACGUACAUGGUCGCGCUCUGCCAAGCUGUCGAUCUCCGACACCUUGAGGAGAACAUGCGGGAGGUUGUGAAGCAUGUCGUCCUGCAAGCGUCGAGGAAGACGCUCUACUCUGACAAUGAUGGGUCCCUGCUCGAGUCUCGAUUCUGCGAGAAGGAGCUGGUGCAGGUGAUCGAAAAUCAGCCCGUUUUCUCUUACCUAGACGAUCCCACGAAUCCGUCUUACUCUCUGAUGCUCCAGCUUCGGGAAGUUCUCGUCGAGAAGUCUUUCGAAGAGCGGAAGUCAGGCGGCGAAGGUGCUGACGGAGAAGACGGUUAUUCGGUUUUUAAACGGAUACCUGUUUUUCAGAAAGAGGUGAGGGAGAGGCUGGAGGAGGAAGUGCCGAAGGCGAGGGAGAGAUUCGACGGUGGGGAUUAUCCGAUUGCGAAUAGGAUUAAGAAGUGUAGGACUUACCCGAUUUAUCAAUUUGUGAGGACUGAGGUGGGGACCACAUUGCUGAGUGGGGCCCGGAAGGUGAGUCCUGGUGAGGAUAUUGAGAAGGUUUAUGAUGGUAUUGCUGAUGGGAAGCUUGGGGAGGUGAUGAUGAAGUGCUUGGCAUUCUGGCGUGGGUCUGCUGGACCGUUCACGCCGAGGUCUGCUGUUGCAUCGCCAGCUCAAUGUAAUCCUGAGUACUGGGGGUGGUUUGAUAGGGUGAGGUCACCGUCUGCUACCAGUGGGAGAGGGUAUUGGAACCUUUGAACGGAGUGGAUCAGAUGAUGGAUAGAUGGAUUGACGGCCUGAUGAAUGGACGGCUGGAUGAUUAUGUUUUCCUUUUGCAUUUCAUUUUUAUUUUUAAAAGGUGAUUUUAUGGUGAUAUUAUCGUUGAAUGUAAGAUGAUUUCAUAAAAGAGAAUAUUUGCAUGGAA